UUGCCGUGAACGUGCGUACGGAGGAUGAUGUCGCUGCUGCUGAUUAUCGCGCUCCAGGCUCGACGAGGACAGUGGUGCACGACGUCCGUCGACGGCGACUGUGCCGGUGGACGCGUGUAGUGGCGCCGCGCACUCGCCAGCCGUCGCGUGCUGGAGGUGUGUCGCCGCGUGUCUCCUCGUGUGAGAAACGGUGGGCGACCUCGUGUUCUCACUCACGUCGUUAACUGGUCCGAUGCGAUCGUCCCGUCGAAACCAUGGCUUCGGUGAAGGUGGCCGUGAGGGUUCGACCCUUCAACAAAAGAGAGCUGGCGAUGAACGCGAAGAUGAUCGUGCAGAUGGACGGCAAGAGGACGCGGAUCUUCAACUCCAAGACACCGGGUAGCUGCCGAGAUAUCGACCGGGAGAAAUACAAAGACUUCACGUUCGAUCACUCCUACUGGUCCUUCGACUCGAACGACGACAACUAUGUGUCGCAGGAAGAGGUUUUCUACGAUCUCGGAACGGACGUAAUAGAAAGUGCCUUCGAGGGCUACAAUGCCUGCGUUUUUGCCUACGGCCAGACAGGAUCCGGGAAGACUUUCACGAUGAUGGGCACUCCGGAGUCUCAGGGAUUGAUACCGCGUAUCUGCAAGACACUCUUCGCCAGAAUGGCGACUGGAAAAGAGAGCGGAGCGUCGUACAGGACGGAAGUGUCUUUCCUGGAGAUUCAUAACGAGAAAGUGAGGGACCUGCUGAGGCUGGACCAAAGCCACCACUCGCUGAAGGUGCGCGAGCACCCGAAGCGCGGACCGUACGUCCAAGAUCUGUCGAGUCACCUGGUUUACGAUUAUUCGGACAUACAGGAAUGCAUGGUGAGAGGUAAUACGCACAGAACCACAGCCAGCACAAAUAUGAACGACGUGAGUAGCAGGAGUCACGCGAUUUUUACGAUAACCUUCGUACAGGCCGGCUACUCGGAAGGCAACAUGCCGUCGGAAACCGUUUCCAAGGUGCACCUAGUCGACUUGGCCGGAAGCGAGCGUGCGAACGCGACUGGAGCAACGGGUCAACGGCUGAAGGAAGGCGCGCAUAUCAACAAGUCCCUGGUGACUUUAGGCUCUGUGAUAUCCGCACUGUCCGAAUUGAGUUCGAACAGCGACGCGUCGUCCACUACGAAACGGAACGUCUUCAUUCCUUACCGGGACAGCGUGCUCACGUGGCUGCUGAAGGACUCCCUGGGUGGCAAUUCGAAGACCAUCAUGAUAGCGGCGAUUAGCCCGGCGGACUGCAAUUAUGGGGAGACUCUGAGCACUCUUAGGUACGCCAAUCGCGCGAAGAAUAUUAUCAAUAAGCCGACCAUCAACGAAGAUCCGAAUGUGAAACUUAUCAGGGAGCUCAGGGAGGAGAUACAGAAACUGAAGUCCCUCAUUGGCAAGGACAUGAACGUGGAGAAGCCGCCGCAGGUAUUAUUAGAUCAAAUCUACGAGAAGCAAGAACAAGAGAAGGUGCUCACCGAGGAGUGGACCGAGAAGUGGCGAGAGACGCAACAGAUUCUGCAGGAGCAGAAAGCGCUGGGACUGCGGAAGAGCGGCGUCGGCGUUGUUCUCGACUCGGAGAUGCCGCAUCUGGUUGGCAUCGACGACAAUCUCCUCAGCACCGGCGUCACCUUGUACCAUCUGAAAGAGGGCAAAACCUUGGUCGGCACGGAGGAAGCUCCCACUGUCCAGGAUAUCGUGUUGACUGGCGCGGACGUAGAACCGGAACACUGCGUCGUCGAGCUGGAUAGUGGCGUGGCGACGCUGCAUCCGCUUUCGCCUCACUGCUGGAUCAACACCGCCCAAGUGGACAAGCCGACGCGAUUAUCGCAGGGCUGCAUCAUUCUCUUGGGCAGAAAUAACAUGUUCCGUUACAACGAUCCGGCCGAGGCGGCGAAGCUGCGGAAGGAGGGUGGCUCGGGCAACGGCAAUCUCCAGUCGACGGUCGUUAAUCUAUCGAGACUCUCGCUUCUGAGCUGGAGCAUCUCCGACCUGCACGCCUCAUCCUCCAGCGAUAAUCUUUUGAACUCGAGCGAGGACCUCAGGGCGGUCGAGGAGCUGGAGCAGCAGAAGGCCGCUCUUAUCAAAGAGAAGGAGGACUUUAAGAGGGAACAAGAGGAGCGCGAGGAGCGAUGGGCCGCCCGGCGAGAGGCGCUCGAAGGAGCACAGCGCGAGCUGGAGCGCGAAUGGGGUGCUCAAUGGAAAGAAUGGGCGGAUGCGAUCGCGAGCCUGGAGUCGCGGCAACGGGAUCUGCGCACGCGACGGCAUCACCUAGAGCAAGAGCGGCGGGACGAAAUGACGCAAGUAGAAAAUAUGUGUAGGGAAAUCGCCUCUCUGCGCACGACAUUGCAGUCCAAACAUCGACAGCUGCAAGAGAUCAUGAACAGUCACGAACGCGCGCAAAAUUUUCACCAACAUUGGGAGAAGACGGAUAACGGCGCCGGAAGUGAUAGCAGUCUGCCUGAGUCGUGGUCCAGCCUGAACGACGAGAAGUGCAUCGAUAGCGUGAGGGAGCUAGUGAACCAUCACAAGAAGGAGCUGGUUGCCUUGGAGAGCGAGCUGCAGAGCAAGGUGAAGUCGUUAAAUGAGCACCAGAGCAAGGUGGAUAAGAUGGAGGAGGAGCUGAUGGAGAUCGCCAAAAGGCAGAAGCAUAUGUACCACUUAGAAUCGGCCGACGAAGAAGCGUCUGACAAGAAGCUGGCCCUGCCGAAGCGGACGCAGGAGCAGAUGCAGGAGAUCCUACGGCGGAAGCAGAGUCUCUCGUUGAACCUGAAACGCGCGCUGCCGGCGUCACCGGGCGAUCGGUCGUCGAGUGGCGACGAGACCGCGUCCAGCUGCGAAAUGAAGUCCUUCCAGGACGCGAACAAUCGGAAGCUGCAGAUCGCCUCGGCCCUCAGUCUGCUGCCGCAGAGCGUGCCGAGCUCCGUCGAGACCAUGGAGACGUUUCACACUGCGGCGGCUGAUUCCCCGGAUCCUCCGGUGGCCUUCGUGGACGCCAACACGACGAAUGACUUCGCCAAGAAAAACUCGCAGGAACACGAACAGGAGAGCGGAGAGGACGAUCUGACGCGCGAGCGUAGAUCGACGGAGGCGGGGAACGAAGACAGGACAAUAACGAACGCCGAUAAAGCCUCUUCCUCGUUCACCACGGAGACGACGACGACGACGACGAGCGACGAGGAGGAGGAGGAGGAGAAGAAGAUGAUGAAGAAGAAGAAGAGCAGCUCGCCGACGGUGACCCCCGUGAUCACGGAGAGCGUCCUCCAGGACUCGUUGGAGUCGCCGAUACAACAGAAUCCGGCGAUGAAGAGACUGAACCAAAGAAUCGCGCGUCAGCGGAUGAUGGUGAUGAGAUGCCUGGAGGCUAGCACCCCGUCUAAGGAGGACCUGAAUCGGCAGAUUAUGAUACUGCAGGACUUGCAGAAGCAGCAGAUCGAGCUGGAGGUGUCGCUGCUGGAGGACGAACGAAAGAAUCAGAGGCAGCCACCGGCGCGGUGUAGCGACGGCGACGAUAGGCUCGCGAUCGCCAGCCUGGGCACCGUGGACUAUGUACAGAACGAACCAAAUGCUUAUUGUAGUGUAGAACCUACGAAUAAUAGCUCCGCCAUUCUAUUAACGGUAGCGACAACCAGAUCUCAACUUUUCAGGAAUAACAGGCCUAAUACUAAUGAUCAAGAGACUUUGUCGGAAACGACACCGCCCAGACGAUCCUCCAGUCGCGGCUACUCGACGGUCUAUUUGACGAGCCAGAAUCGUGGCGACCGAUUGAGCAGUCCGUACUCCUUGACGAUCACGAGGUCCUUGCCGUCGUUGAUAGCGAAUGACGGCGACUGCGACAGCGUGAUCAACAUGAUCGUCAGUAUACCGUCGUAUGUGAUACGCGGAGCCGGCACGUCCAGCCAUUACGAGUACGAGGUGCGAGUAGUAGCGCAGGACGACAGCUGGACGCUGUUGCGUAGAUACAGAAGGUUCCGGGAGCUGUACAUGUCGAUGCGGCAAAAAUACGGUAGCAAGGUCGCAGCGAUACGCUUCCCCCCGCGCCAAGUUUUCCCAAAGUACGAGGUCGUGGCGAGGCAGCGUAGGAAACGCCUCGAGGAAUACCUUCGCCGAUUGAUUCAGGUCUGCUCGGAGCUGCCGCAUUGUGAGCCUCUAUACAAGCACAACGGCAAUCUCAGCAAUAUAGACAAGCAAUCUCUGCUGGAGUUCAGUCCGUUCUUCAGGCGCGGCAUGUUCGAGAGCAGCAAGUACGGGACCAGCUAAGACAGCCCGUGUACGCUGCGUCGGUCUUCAUCCUUUUCCACACGCCGAAGAGCGAACGAGUUCGAAGGAAAACAACGUAACGGAUGUACGUUUGCACAGUUCAUUGUACUUUUCGUUUAGCUCUUCUCUCAUAUUUAUAAAGAUGCAGCAGCUAGAGCGGAAGAAUGAGUAUCGAUAAAUAGCGCGCGCGACAGCGUGUUCAUGCGCGAGACGAGUCGCCUGGCAUUCGCACCGGUUUGGUACUUCUUCGACUGUCGAUAUUGUUAAAUUGUGCCGGGCGAGGCUGCCUCUCUGGUUUCUCAUCGGUAUCGAUGAUACCGAUACAGUUUUCGUUGACACUUCGAGAAGCACGUUAUUUAUUAAUGAAACGGUUGUUAAUAAUAAUAUUAAUAACCGGGUGACAAGCGAUGAGCGACUCGUCCAGCGUGGUACCUUAGUCGUUACAAAAACUGUAUGCUUCCAGAAGCUUAGUGAUUGUAAGACUGUUCUAGACAAUUAGCGUUCUUUCCCGUUACCAUCUCGAGCGCACCGACAAAGGCGAAUUGCGCGCAGAGAUAUUAGCGGGAAAGAAACGUGAUAUAUUCUUUACGAGAAUAAGAGAGAGAGAGAGAGAGAGAGAGAGAGAGAGAGAGAAACUCAUCUAUUCGAUGGCGGAAGCGAGACACAUAUCGCGUCAUAGUGAUUUAUUUUAUCUUUUACAGAUAUUUUCCUAUAAUGUCUUUCUCCUGAUAGAAUCCACAAUCACGAAGUGUACCUUCCUGCGAUAUAGUCGGAUAUUGUAGUCGAUAUAAUUCUCAGUUAUGUUGUUAGCGCAAACACAGGCGUUAUAUAUUGUAAAUUGCGCGUUCUGUCGCGUGAAAUCAUGCGGGAGCUUAUCAGUAACAAACCAGGUGACCAUGGAGCAUCAACAUGUAGUUAACUCACGAUAGUCGGAGAGUAUUUAUUUUAUGCGUCGAGAAUGAUAUUUUGUACGCGCGAUCCGAAGUAGAAGAUCAAUCGAGAGCGAUCGAAGGGAAAUGGAACUUUCCAUUGUAGUACGUAGUUAAAUCAACUUGGGUAAGCAAAUAUGCGUGAGCUGUUUACCAAAAGAAUAACGGUGUAUCCGGGGCGGAAAAUUAUUAAAACGCGCGAUUUGCCUCGCGCAAACAUCCGCAAGCGCACUAGUCUCGAAUCAAUUAAAGUGGAUCAAUCAUGACUCGAUUAAACAAAAAGCCGUAUAAGAUUGUCUUUCUCUCGUUAACGUGAUAACGUGAAACAUUAUUUGCGAUAUUACAUAUUUGUUUGCCCGUGUUGACACACACACACACACACACACACACACACACACACACACACACACACACACACACACACACACA